CCGGAGCGGCAUUAAGACUGAUUUCCCUCCACCCUUGACAAGCCAAACAUUUACUUCUGUCUAUUUCAAACGUGCGUGUGUGAGACGUCUGUCUCUGCCCGCUCUGAGCUCUCCCUGAUGGGCAGCUGGUCCUGCAGUGCCGUGCUGCAGAUGUACCGAGCAUUGCUCCGUGCAGGCCAACACCUACAGUACACGGACCGUGACUACUACCGGCGCGCAGUGACCCGAGAGUUCCGGCGCUGUCAGACCCUCAGCACCCCAGCAGAGAGGGAGGACGCGCUGAAGAAAGGCCAGUUCUUCCUCAACAGCGAGUUGGUGUAGAAGAAGUGGUCCAUCAGCACCAGUCUGACCGCUAGCCGGGAGGUAAAAGAUCAAUGGCAGGAGUGAAUGGGGACCGUAAGGGAAAGAAAGAUGACAAUGGGCUUGGCACAGCCAUCGACUUUGUGCUCUCUAAUGCAAAGCUGGUGCUGGGGGUCGGGGGAGCAGCCAUGCUCGGGAUCGCCACACUGGCGGUCAAAAGAAUGUACGAUCGAGCACUCAGUGCCCCAUCCAGUCCCACUAAAGCCGACCCGUCGGGACGAAGAAGCUGGGAGGAGCCGAGCUGGCUGGGGUCAUCACCACGGACACUGAGCAUGAACAUGAAACAGAACAUCAGCCGCUCUCUACAGACGCUCCCCACCUCCUCCAGCUCCUUCAAGCCAGGCUUGUACAUGUUGGAGUGUCUGCUCUACUUGCUCAAUUGUUUACAUCGUGUUAUGGGCCGUGGUGGUGGCCGUCCUGGUAAGGCUGAACUCCAGAAGGCACGGAUGCGCCUCUCGCUGCAGGAACACCUCUGGGCCUUCUUUCAAGAGCGAGUGGCGAUCCCUUCAGAAGAGCAGGCCGUCGCUCGGCGUGCUGCGUUGGAUAUCUGUGCAGAGCUCAGAGUCUUUCUCCAUGCUAAACUGCCUGAUAUGCCCCUACGAGAAAUGUACCUGAGCGGAAGUCUAUACGAUGACCUUCAGUUUUGA